CGAAGAACAUGGACGACUCUGAGCUAAUCGAAGGGAAGCAACUCGCGUCUUUCGAACGCUACGGUGAAUUCGUCUCUGCCCAGAGUGCGUUGCUUGCCGUGGAUCUAUCUAGCGAACCCAGUCGCCAAGAUAACGGCGCCGAAGCCGAACUGAUGCGCAAGCUCACCAUGAUACUGGGCGAGUAUCAGGAGCAGUCCUAUCUCUUGGAUCCCUAUCUCGAGAACCUUGUCGUUCCAGCCGUGGAAUGUCUGAGGGCACACGCGAGGACCCGCACAUCUGAUCCAUCCGCAAAAUCAUCAAUAGCUCGCCUUGGUAGACUGGCUGAACUUCUUUACAACUACAUUAAGCUCAGAGGAUAUAAGACGAUCACCAGUUUCUUUCCCCAUGAAAUUGUGGACGUGACGAUUGCCAUUGAGUUUAUGCGUUUGCCUGAUGGGCCCUCUGUAGAGUCAUCCCAAUGGACUCUUCGUUACGUAGUGCUUUUGUGGCUGUCCCUCGUUUGCCGGAUUCCAUUUGAUUUAGAUCAGUUCGAUGAAGAUCACCAGAUUGGAAGAUUGGCAAGCGCACUGGAAUCCACAGCCAUGGAAUACCUGAAUAAGGCAGGAUUGGAGCGCGAGGGCGCUGCUAUACUGCUUUCCCAGUUUUACAUGAGAAAGGACACUAAACAACGAUUCGAGACCUUUCUGCAGUGGUCAAUGUCCGUCAUCAAAUCCAAUGAUGUUAUUCAGUCUCUCGGUGUCCUGCAGGUGUUGUGUGAAUUUCUGCACAGGGCUUUGAUGGAAAUGUCGGAAACUAUAAGCAAUAGUGAAACGUUAACCGUUAAUACGCUUGUACGAAAGUACAGGACAAAACUGUUGUCCAGGGUUGGUCUCCGACUGGUUCCUCCAAGACCAAAACUUUCCGGAAUUCGAAUGCGCACUCUGAAUGAUGGUAGCAAUCAAGACACAAGCGAACAUAAUGGUGAUGAUGAUGACGAGAUCGACGUCCCAGAAGAAUUGGAGGUCAUUUUGGAUGUGUUAUUCAAAGCUGUCCAAGAUCGGGCCAAGGGCAUCGGGAGGCUCUCCGAGCGUUUGUCAAACGACUUCGCACGGCAAGUCAUGGAAAACAUCCUACACUUGUUUUCCGUCCACACUAUUGCCGGUGCAACCGUUUACGACAUGCCCUCCAUCGCCGAAGCUACAUGGCAUGCUGAAAUGGCACGCAGAGCCCUUGUCCCUUCCACUCUACUUCCGAACCUUCUCGAUUGGUUGUCACAAGCACUUUACUUUGACAUUCGAAAAGGAGCUCAUUCCGUUGGUUCCAACGUUCGAGACGCUGCUGCCUAUGUGAUUUGGGCUCUAGCCAGAUCACAAGUCCGGUCUAGCUUCUCCUCGCAUGCACCUAAAUUGGCAGAGAAGCUCGUCGCAGUCUCUUUAUUCGACCGGGAUGUAUCAAUCCGGAGAGCAGCGAGCGCGGCCUUCCAGGAACACGUUGGGCGAAUGGGUUUGUUUGCCCACGGUAUAGACGUACUAAGGAAGACCGACUUCUAUUCCGUGAGCAUACGCCGAAACGCUUUUCUUACGGCGGCCCCACAAGUAGCUGAGCAUGAGGAAUAUCGGCCGGCUCUUGUCGAGCACCUAAUAUCAAUUACCUUGCGCCACUGGGACGUUGUGAUGAGACAGCUGGCUGCCAAAUCCUUGAGGCUUAUUUGUGAGAUUAACUUGGAUAAGCUGAGCCCGCCAUGCAUUCAACGCCUAGCGCGGCUGCUCACUUCGGUAGAUGUGGCAACUAUUCACGGUGCUGUAGCGGCACUCACCGAGAUAGCUGAUGCGUACAACCAAUUUGGCUACAUAGGGGACCGGACACGACAAGAAAUCUUUAUUCUCAUCAACUGUAUCCCUGAAUCACUGGUCCUUGCGCCACGUAAUGAGCAAAUUCUUAGCGCAGUUUGCAGCCUGGUCGCCGUUACUAUUACCCGAGAGGAGGUUGAGCUAGAGGACCGCUCCUCUGUUUCAAAUUGGAAGAAGUUCGUCGACCGGGGACUACGCCACCAGAGCAGCGAUGUACGAGAGGCUGGUGCAGCCUCCAUGGCUACCGUCAGCUCCCUCACGGAUUGUUCCAGCGCAGUUCAAAGAUACGUCACACCCAUACAUGCUCGUUUGCCACCUCGCCCUGACGUGGGAUCACUUUAUACAUACAUCAGGGAAUUCAAGCAUGGCCUGCCCCCAUUGCAACAGAGUCUCGGAUAUUUGCUAGGUGUCCUUGACUAUCACGCCCACCCUCAUGGCUUGCCAGAGGUUGUGGAAUGCUUGCUGGACAACGUCAGCAUGGAGUCCGCAACUAGGAUGACAAAUGUUGAGGCGCGCCGUAACAGCUUUCUUGCCAGUUCCGAAAAUCAUUGCUUGUGUAGCCCAGAAUUUGGAAGAACGUUGGCCUCCUGUCCGGACACUGUCCGUGCUCUGGUUGACGUACUCGACAACGGAUUGGACGAUUAUACGACCGAUGAACGCGGAGACGUCGGAUCCUGGAUACGCAUUGCCUGUAUCCAGGGCCUGACUUCAAUUAUCGAGACCCUCUUCGUUGUGUCAAAAAAUCUGUCGAAUUUUGCAAGCAUGCUUCCAGCUGACCGAUAUCACCAUGUUGUGGGCCGCUUACUCCGACAGGGCGUAGAAAGGCUUGAUAAUGUCCGUCAUAUUGCAGGGGAAUGCUUCACUCGUCUGCUGAGUCUUUCAGCUACCAUCGGCGAAGGACCUGGCCCGGGAAUUAUUCUUGCCGUCUGCAGGGACUGUCGUGAAAAUGGGACAAAUUGGAACAAUGGGGAAUGGUUAUUUCCAAAAGCUCCAGUUUUGACUGGCUUAGUAUUGAGCGUGUCCACGAGGACGAACAGCACUCAACGGCCUGCGUCAUCGAGCUUGGCUGCCUACGUGCGGACGCUGCCAGUGAGCUCUGAUCGGGGUGAAUUCAGCCAGGCGAGUCUUGCAGGAGACCUAAUCGAGUACGCUUUGAAACAUAUAACAUCGAAUAAUGUCGUUGUUCCCGUUCUUCAAACCUUCAAUAUGCUGCUUGAGGCAGAUGCCUUAACUUGCAGUAUGAAGAAUUUGAUCUCGAUCGCGACUAAAAACGUGUCGCGCCUGAAGAAUGUACAGCGGAUACAGGAAUCUAUGAAAAUAGUCGUGAAUAUCUUCACAUUCCCAUCGGUUGCGAAAACGUGUCUGUCAAAGAUAGCGGACUUUCUUGUGCAUCCUUACCCUCGAGUUCGAUCAGGAACAGCCGAACACUUAUAUCUGGUGUUCGAGGAGCUGCUUCUCGAAACGGGGUGGUCCUCGACGGAUGUGGAAAGAGUGAAGGAAGCAGCGCAAGCUCUUGUCAAAGAACUGGCAUCGAAUAUGGAAGGAAUAUAGAUAGUCACACAGUACUGAAAACACGCCCCCUGUGUAGUAUGUAUCAUAGGACCUGCCUACACGGGUGUGUUGAAAGAUGCCGGGGCGUGGGAAGCUUUGGCUUGGGCUUGAUUGUUCGGCAGU